CUGCAGCGUGGCAGUCCCUGCGCCUUCUGUUGUCUGACGCAUUUGUAGCGAGCUGUUUCUAGUGCGAAGACGUGUGUCCGCAUUUUGUGCAGCAGCUUCCGAGUUGAUAUCUACUUCUCCGUUAAUAAGAAUCGACUACGAUGGCGGCCGGCAACGAAGCUCAGCACAGCACACCGGUGUACCUGGGCGCCCUGCUGGAUGACGGGGAGGGCGCCACCGUGACUCUGGCGGCGGGGGAGACGCGGCUGGUGGUGCACAGGGCGGUCCUCGUGGCCGGGAGCCCCGUGUUCGCAGCAAUGUUCCGCCACGACACGGCGGAGUCGCGCGGCGGCCUCGUCGACGUCGCAGACGUGGACGGGCCGGUGCUCAGGGAGCUGCUGACGUACCUGUACACCCUCCGCGCCCCGCAGCUGGCGAGCCUGGCCCCCCGUCUGCUCGUCGCCGCCGACAAGUACGGCGUGGCGAGCCUGAAGGCCCAGUGUGAGCAGCAGCUGGCCGCUGGGCUGACGGUGGACAACGCGGCGGCCACAGCUGUUCUCGCGGUGCGACACUGCUGCCCCGGCCUCCGGCAGACGGCCGUCUCCUACGUAAAGGGCCACACACACCAAGUGAUGGCGACGCAGGGCUGGGCUGAUGCAGUGCGAACCCAGCCAGAAGACAUAGUCCAACUCAGCAGGAUGCUGGCGGAGACGCCACCGGAAUCCAGCCCCGGCCCCAGCGCCGCCACUCAGCCUCCCAGCGGCGCGGCUGCCUGCCACACUCCGCCGCCUCCUGACGACGCAGCCGUCUCUCGCCUGCGCACGGGCCGUGGCUCCAGCAGUCCCAGCCCUGCCACUCGGCCACUCGGCGACCCCGGACGCUCUCCUGCCGCGGCUGCCCGCCACACUCCGCCGCCACCAGACGACGCGGCCGUCUCUCGCCUGCGGAGCCUCUCUCAACAGGAGAGAGGGAGGAGGCUGAUAGAGGCGGCCAAGCAGGGCGCGGCGGAGCAGCUGCGCGAGUUACUGGCGGCGGGGGCGGACGUGGGGGCGAGGGGGGAGGGGUGGUUGGGGAACAGCUGGACCGCCCUGCACCUGGCAGCACGCGGGGAUCACGUGGCGGCGGCCAGCUGCCUCCUCGGCGCCGGCGCGGAGGUCGACGCCAGGGACAGCUGGGAGCAGAGCACGCCCCUGCACUGGGCUGCAGGGAGUGGCCACGCUGGUGUGGUGCGGCUGCUGGUCGGCGCCUCUGCUGACCCCAACGCCAGGGAUCGGUGGGGGCGGACGCCGCUGCACAGGGCGGCAGAGUGGGGCCGGGCAGAAGCGGCGGCUGAGCUCCUCCUGGCGGGGGCGGACAGGGGGGCCCGGGAUGAGCGUGGCAGGACCCCCCUGUACCUCGCCAGGCAGAACAGAAAGCAGGAGCUGGUGGAUAUGCUGACACAACGCUGA